CGCUCUCAGACCCAGCCGCUUCGCGCUCGUAUUUGUGGAUAUUCCGUGAGCGCUCGGGUGUUCCUCUCCUGCUCUGACGGUGCGUUUUGGGGCAAAAUGUGGCCACGGGCCGGUCUGCGUGUUCUCGACAGGAUUCACGAAUUAAUGGCCGGCGGGGAGAUGAAGCAGCAGCUGGGGUAACUCACAGGGUGCUAUGGUGGGACCUCCUGGGAAGCCAAAAGUUGGACUUCUCCGACAUCUCAGCUUGCUCCACAGAGCCAUGGAUCUUACCGGGACUUCUGCUGGCCUGAACACAGAGAGCUGGGCCUGGUGGGCCUGGGCCAUCUUCCCCUGACCAGCCACCGCCAUCAUCUUAUUGAGCUCCAUACACACAUACGCACACACUGCAAAAGCCUGUGUUUGAGGUGACCCACUCCCACAGUAAGAUAGCAGUCAGAGCAAACAUGACAGACAAGGUGAGUUUUAGCACACCCAAAGUCAACCCCCGACCCGCUGUAGCUCCUUUCCUCCCCCCUGAGCCAGUGGACAUCAUCCGCACUAAGGCCCGUUCACGGCGGGUCAGACUCAACGUCGGUGGGCUUACACAUGAAGUGUUAUGGAGAACACUUGACCGGUUGCCCCGAACUCGUCUGGGACGGCUAAGGGACUGCAACACCCACGAGUCACUGCUGGAGAUCUGUGAUGACUACACCCUCACUGAGAACGAAUACUUCUUCGACCGGCACCCGGUGGCCUUCUCCUCCAUCCUCAACUUCUACAGAACAGGAAAGCUUCACAUGAUGGAGGAGAUGUGCGCUCUGUCUUUUGGACAGGAGCUGGACUACUGGGGCAUUGAUGAGAUCUACUUGGAGUCCUGCUGCCAGGCACGCUACCACCAGAAGAAGGAGCAGAUGAACGAGGAACUGAGGAGGGAGGCAGAGACACUGAGGGACAAGGAGGGAGAGGAGGAGGACCAGGGCUGCUGUCCUGACAAGAGGCAGAAGCUGUGGGAUCUGCUGGAGAAGCCCAGCUCCUCUGUAGCUGCAAAGAUCCUGGCCAUGAUCUCCAUCCUGUUCAUCAUCAUUUCCACCAUUUCACUGUCCCUCAACACUCUGCCAGAGCUGCAGGUUGUAGAUGAAUUUGGCCAGUUCAAUGACAACCCCAGUUUAGCCCACGUCGAAGCCGUCUGUAUCGCCUGGUUCACCAUGGAAUAUAUGUUACGGCUGCUCUCAGCACCCAAUAAGUGGGUCUUCAUGAAAGCACCACUGAACAUUAUUGAUUUGCUGGCUAUACUGCCUUACUAUGUGACCCUCUGUCUAACUGAAUCUAACAAGAGCGUGCUGCAGUUCCAGAAUGUGCGGCGUGUGGUUCAAAUCUUCCGUAUUAUGAGGAUCUUGAGGAUUCUGAAACUGGCCAGGCACUCGACGGGUCUCCAGUCUUUGGGCUUCACUUUACGAAGGAGCUACAACGAGUUGGGACUGCUGAUCCUGUUUUUAGCCAUGGGCAUCAUGAUUUUCUCUAGCUUGGUAUUCUUUGCUGAAAAGGAUGAAGAUGCUACAAAAUUCACCAGCAUCCCUGCUUCGUUUUGGUGGGCAACCAUUACUAUGACGACUGUCGGGUAUGGUGACAUUUACCCACAAACCCUGCUUGGUAAGAUUGUAGGAGGGCUCUGCUGCAUAGCAGGUGUGCUUGUCAUUGCUCUUCCUAUUCCAAUCAUUGUGAACAACUUCUCAGAGUUCUACCGAGAGCAGAAGAGGCAAGAGAAGGCCAUCAAGAGGAGGGAAGCUCUAGAAAGAGCAAAACGGAGUGGAAGCAUUGUUUCUAUUAACCUAAAGGAUGCUUUUGCCCGCAGUAUGGAAUUAACAGAUGUGUUGGUAGAAAAAAGAGAGGACAGUAAAUGUCCCAUUGAAAAUCACCUGUCACCCAGUCGCUGGAGCUACCACAAGCACUACUACAAUGCAGAGGCAGGUAGUCCUGGCAGGUCUCAACAAUACCAAGAAGUGGCCCAGCAGGGCUCCCCAGAGCGAGUCAAGCCCACGUCGAAUAAAACUACUCCUCAACACCUCAGCGCAAAGCGGCUAGAAGAUACGUACAACAAGACAGCAGCCAUUCAAGGGCAGCAGGAAAAAAUUCAAGAAGAACAGAUUGAGAUGAAAGAGUUGUCGUCCACUCAGGCCCAGCAAACAUCACCUAAAGUCAGUCGUUCCAGGGAAUCUUCAACUGCAGCGGAUAAUUUUGCACUGGAAAGAGGGGAACGAAGCUCACUGCUCCCCAGUGUCGAAGGAGGUCAAGCUGGUACUAGACAUCAGUGUAUUCCACCUCCCUUGGACCUAAGUCAGAUCAGCAAUAUGGAGGUAAAGCAGGGCCCUGAUAGCAUUCAGCCAAUGACAUUCAUCAAAGAGGGUUUGUAUGAGUUCACAUCUAACCCCAAAGGAAGGUUGACCGGGGAUCUGAAUUUGUUAUCACAGAGUGCCGAAAGCUCUGGGAUGACAUACGAUAGCACCGGCACAGCUUCAGAAGAUCACGGUAGCCCUCAAAACACAAGAGCCCUGAAGCUUGACUUCAUUGCAUCUAAAGAUGAUGUCCUCGUGGCAGUGAUGACACCUGUGGCGACACCCGUCCCCACUGGCUCUGCAAAGUGUGCUCAACUACUUACUGACGAAUUGGUUUCCAGGUUUUCUCUAUCUCCCAGUUCUACAACACAGGAAACUAAGUCUCCGCUGGCAAUCAUGCAAUCUCCGUCCCUGGCUCAGCAAUAUAUCAGUCCCAGCACCCCCAAGGGGGGAGGUGAGAGCUCAGCAGGCAGGAGCUUAGAAGGUGAAGGGCAGCUCACUGGCUUAAGCCACCUGGGGAGGAAUCACAUGGAGAGAUCUACUGCUGGCUCGGGUAGUGGUGCUACUCCAUUGUCAAAAGCAUGCUCACUCAACAGCACCCAAGACCUAGUAACUAAGGAAGGAGUGGCCGAUGGAGGAUUAGAGGAAGCAGAACAGAGAGUAGAAAAACGAGAAAAUCACAUUGUUCUGGAUGGAAGCCGAACGCCGCCCUGUGAAACAAACAUGUGAGCUUAAAUUUAAAGAAAGAUGCAGACAGGGCCAAGGCAAAGCAAAGGCUGAUGGGAUGCAUGACAGGAACUGCCAGGAAUAACCCAAAACAGAUGCUGUGUGUGUGAGCAUUGGACUUCUUGACAAAGACAUUAAACAAAUCUAUCAUGAAAGCUGCAACUCGUCUUGAGUGCGGCACAUCCGAUCUCACGACACAUUCGAACGGUCAUCUCUUUUUUGACCUUGGUGCUGCUGUCAUGACUUUAUUACUGGAGGACAUUCAGAAGCACACGCAUGCCUGACUGGGCACUAUUUGAACUUGAAUUCAAGUGACACCGUGUGGUGUCAGUGUUACUGAUUUAUUUCAUUUAAAUGAGACAUGAACAGUGGCAGCCUGACCUGUGUUUUAGGCCUUGUCUGAAUGAUAAUAUUCGGGACUAUCCUGAAGAGUUUCUGUGUAAGUCACUGAGUCAGAUAUUCAGUUUCCUAAUGCUUGUUCCCCAAGGCGUGAUUUGAAUGGACAGUUAUACCAAGGACAGACAGACCGUGAAAGGAAAUUAUAUUUUUUAUAUUUGCAAAUUUUAAAAAUCUAUCUAUUGCAAGACUUGCAAGAAAAAUCAAUGAUCAGUCAUUAUUCUGUGUUGUAGAUCUUGCUUACUCGUUAUUACAUUCUUGUAACGGGACAAACACAAGCACAUGAUACAAGACAAAAGUCCCACUUAGUACUGCAUUGUCCAAAAGAACAUAUGUAUCUGCUAUUGAGCACUGUGAUCUAUGCUCUAACUUUAAGUAUUUCUAUAUAUUUCAGUUUUAUGUUGUUGUUUUCUUUCUUGGUUACUUUUUGUUGUAUUUUUCUUUUCAUUUUUCUUGUUCCUAAAUAUGUAAAAUGGAGAUAUAAUCACUACUAUAUUCACUGACGGAGCGCUGUUUGCACAAAUUUCCAUCCAUCCAUGUUCUUCUGCUUGUCCCUUGUCCCGGGUGAGAGGUCGGGUACACCCUGGACAGCCCACCAGUCUGUCCCAGGGCUUCCACCAAUGUCCAGCAUGAAAUAUCCUAACAAUGAACAAAUUAGUCAAAAACAAUACAAACCCAUAAUGAGACACACAAUUUGAGACAGAAAGGAAAACUCACACAGACUGUGGGCAGUUUCCAUCAUUACUCACUUGUGGUUGAUCAUACACUGCUUUAAUUCCCAGUUCAGUCUUAUACUGUGUGUGUGAUAAAGGGUUCGAUGAACCUCAGAUCUGACUUUGUUUUUGGAUUCUUUAUCAACAAAGUGGCCAGGCACAUGUUGCAGAGUGCAUUCAGGAAAAUGAGUUGUGGAAGUAGUAAUAGAGUUGGUGAAAAGCAACCAAGCAUACCAUUAUUUUCUUUAUUUAUUUUUGUCUCUGUGAGACUUGUGUCUUAUCAUAACAUCGGCCCUAUCUAAUCUUUUUAAUCUUGCUAGUGUACUCACCAAGCUAAGAAUGAGAUCUGGUAACAUGGAGACGUUCAUAAAAAAAUAAAAAGACCAACAAGUCAGCCAUCAGGAGUCAUAUUCAGUUCCCCUUGUUUACUUACUUAGUCUUAGCAUAUUUCAAAGAAUGUGUCUGAUUUGAGUGCCGUACAGCAACGGGCUGUUUUUGGUCACGCUGUUAAAAACUGUUCACUGAGACAGUAACAGCAAGGCGGAGCAAAAACGGCCAAAAUGUGACUUAAAGUAAGAAUUUAGAAAAGUGGAAGCUGUUGGUUUACAGUGAGACGACUCAAAAGGCUUGUCUGACAGAACAUACUGUGGCUAUUAACCAUUUGUGUUCCAUGCUUCAAGCGUAUAAUAAAUAUGACACAAAAAAGUUUGUUUCAAUACAUGGAACAGCAUGUCAGAGAUAACUAGAUAUCUUUCUGCAUCAGCUCACAUUUUGCAGCAUGCAAGCUAGCAUGCUAUUCUGACCACACUUCUGAAAGUCUCUUGCAUCAAUGUCAGCAUGCUAGCAGAAUUCAGCAGCUGUACUCAGCAUAUCACGAGCUAUACACCAGCUGCAGAGUAAGACCAUGUGGAAAGAGACAAACGAGGUCUUCUUAGUGAGAGGAGGUGCAGGUUCAAGCAUCUGGACUUCAGUUAUUGCAAAGACACAUCAAUUUAAACCGAGCUUAAUCAUAAUAUGAUGAGUGCCGAGAGAUAAAUAGAGGGAGUGUGUCUGUGUGACCUUUAUGCAUAGGUGCUGACUGCAUUAUAAAGGUAGAACAAUAGGGCCCUUUGCAGGGGGUCACUCGAGUAAAAAGACCUGAAGUCACUUUGAGCAUUAUCUUUGGGAACCUUUGACAUUUUCUUUUGUUUGUGUUUUUAAAGAUCAGAUUUGCAUUCAUUUGAAUGAACCUGACAGAUUCAAAUGCACAUUUAACUGUGUAAAUAGAGCAGAGUGAGCAGCUGGUGAUUAGGUCACAUGCUAACAGGGGAAUGGUACUGUGUUAUCUGUGUUUCCUGAUGUGCUCAUCAGUUGUUUCACGUUUUUUUUGUUGGUUAAAACUUUGAGCUGUGUGUUGUUCUUAACAUCUCAGUAUAUGAAGUUUUUAAAAAUAUGUGCCUUUUCAUAAAUAGAUAAUUUAUGAGAAGGUGAAAAAAACUGUUAGACAUGGCCCGACUUUUUCUUUGUCUUCUUUUCUCGUGUUCUCUCUUUGUCCUUGUGCAGUAGAUAUAUUUAAAUGAAAAUCCUCACAUUUUCUGGAUUUGCGUACCUUUACAACUUUAUAUUAUCUCAUUAACUUUAUCGCACCCCAUAGCUCAUAGUUCCAACCUCACAGUGCCACACUGUCAUUUUAUUUCAUCAGCUGAAGUAGCACGUUCGGUGUGUGACUCGGAUGCAGCAGCAGAUUACUGACAGCCAAACGGACAUCGUUGGAACAAUGCAAACUGACGUGAUAAAACAUCUAAAAACACGGCUUUUUAUGUCUUGCAAGUGGACUCAGCUAGAUUUAUGUUAUGAUAAAUUGCACAACACUAACUAAAUGUUAAUUCUUCCCAAAUAUAUAUCCAGCCUAACAUAGAUCAAGCCAAACUCAGAGAAGUUUAAAAAGAGCACCAGUUCUAACAAAGGUUGGUUUGUCGCUGCUGCACGUCAGGAAGCAUGAGAACAGUGUUAUGGCUUUCCACAACCUCAUCUCCACUCAUUUGUCAGAAAAUUGUUAUUUAUAUUUGUUCAUUCAGAUUGUGUACAGUAAACAUACAACCGUAAAGCCUGCUUCUCGAUCUGUCCUGCCAGCUCCACUUCGUACUUCUUUAAUGCCCCACUUUUCCAUCCUCAUAUACUUUAUUGAAUCGUAGCCUGUGCAAUGAUUAGUAUGAGUUAUUAUAUAUAGCUCAGUGUAAUGAUAGCAAAUGAUAAAGAGUUUUGAAUCAGUUAUCAAAAUGCAAGACAAAUAAAUGUGUUCAUGUGACCUCA